AUGUCUCCCCUCCUUCCUCGUCCUCUUUCUCCUUAUAGUCUGGUCCUUCUCGCUCCCACGAUACCGACAUGUCUUGCUCCUUCUCUCAACACCGAAGGCAUUCACAUCAAGUUUCCCACCCAGAAUUGCGACCAUGGUGACCACCACGAACAGUCCCAAGAGCCCCAGAGCCCCAAGAGCAAGAAAGCUACCCCGGCCCCAGCUCCGGCCCCGACCCCGCUCAGCACCGAAGCCCAAAACGCCACGGGUAUUCUUCCUGCCUCGCACUGGGUGACACAACCGACCGAUGGAAAGUUGUACCUCGCCCCGCUGGAGAAGAAGAAGAUCGAAAAGGAGCUCGAUAUUGCGACAGGGUCUGGACUGUGGGCCAUCGAUUUUGCCGACGAGUUUCCUGACGCCGAAGUCAUUGGUACCGAUGUUUCUCCAGAUGAAGCAAGCAGGCGGAGAGGACUGGGACGACUUCCUGUUACGGUCCUAGGGCCAUGCAAAGGCGGGAAGAUCCUGAUGAUACCUGCAUUAACAAGGGGCUCUGACCCUUGA